ACUUUCUGUCGGCUUCGUCACUGGACGUCAGUCUUUCUUCCUCGUUUUCUUAACCACCCUUUCAUCCUUCCUGUCGUCCAUAUGAGGACAUGAUUCCACUCAAUUUCCCUUGAUAUUCUUACCGCAUCUUAUAUUUUGCUGUAUUUUACUUUUAGAACCUUGUCUUUUUGCCGUUGCCAUGCCGGGCUUGUCCUGUGCCUUGCUCCAAAGCAUUCAGUAAUAUAACUGGCUUCGAAGAAGUUAAGGAUUGCUUCUUUCACCCAGAUCAUCUGUCAUAGCUGUAUCACGUUCCCGUCUGUUGGAUACUGGACGCAUGGUCUGUUGCGGGCUUUUAUCUAUAGGCGAUCUCAAUCCUUGUCGGUCAGAAAUGGCACUGGAAUGCCAUGGCCCCAUCUGGGCUAUCGAUGACCUUUCUAGUUGUUUCCAGCGCAACUAUCUACAGAUCACCCUGCCGCUAGCGGCAUGCGCCUUAUCGUUACUAUCCAUCGCGCUCCAAAUCUCAUAUCGGUACUUUGUGUCCCGAAAGCGUGCUUCCUACAAGGUCCUCGUGGACAAUGACUCGGAAGAUGUUCACUGCAAUGGGGUAGGCGAAGAAGACCAAGGAGUCGAGACGGAUCCGAUGUUGUCGAAAGCCGCGCAGGCGGAGGUGACGCAAUUGGAACUGGAUCGUCCCCGUGGUGAAGUCACGCUGGUGUCUUUGGAGAUCGCCGCCCUGGUGGGAGAGGUCGCCAUCUUUAUUGCCAUCCUCGUAACCGACAGCUGGGGUCAAAGUGGUAAACUUGCGGCCGUCGCCAGGCUGGUUUCUUGGGGUUAUAUCCUGUUCCUGGCACUGGUUCGGCUGCUUCUCUCCACCCUAGAUGUUCACCUGUUGCUUAGAUUAUGGAAUCAUACAGCCACUCUGUAUGGCUUGCAAUGGCUUUUCACAAUCUUGGUGUUCCGCUCUUCCGUCAUUCACCCGGCGUCAAAGCGUGCCAUGAUCUUCAGCGCCGUCGAAUUCUCCUUGAGCAGCGUCCUUUUCCUCAUCGCCCUGACGACGCGCAGGGGCAACAAGUCCGUUCUUGUGCCUCACGAGGAUGGUCUGGAGCCGCCGCGACAUCCGACAGCCAGCUUGCUGUCCCUGGCCUCUUUUGCCUGGCUGGAUGGCCUGAUCAUGAAGGGCUAUAGGCAACCAUUGGAGCUCGACGAUGUUUGGAAUCUGACUACGUCGCAGAAGGCUGCCAUCGUCCUCGAGGAUUUCCGUCGGAAACAAUAUAAAGGGUCGUUGGUAUGGAAGCUUCUCCGCCAUUUCUAUGGGACUAUUCUAUUGCAAGGGGCGUGGACAAUGUUCUCGAACAUGUUCACUUACCUUCCCACCCUUCUCCUCAAGGCGAUCCUCGAAUACGUCCAAGAUCCAAAGUCAGGUACACCGAAUGCGGCCUGGUUGUAUGCGAUCUUGUUGUUCUGCUCCGGGGCGAUCCAGGGCAUUGCCGAUGGCCAAGCUCUGUGGAUCGGACGUAAGUUAGGCGUCAAACUUCGCGCGAUCAUUAUCGGAGAGAUCUAUGCCAAAGCACUGCGACGGAAAGCCGGUCCAUCUGUCGAACUGUCUCAGAAGAAGGACGCAGAGCCGGUCAAGGACAACAAGAAGAGAAGCAUUCUAUGCUGCGGUCGUAAGAAAAAGAAGGCAGCUACCGACCCCGAGAGCGAGGCCACCACGGCACGAUCCGAACCAGCUGGGGAAGCUCAGACAGCGAACGUCGGAAAGAUCAUCAAUUUGAUGGCUAUUGACUCCUUCAAGGUUAGCGAGGUGGGCGCCUACCUCCACUUUCUCUGGGCGAGUGUUCCCGUGCAAGUUAUCAUCGCUGUCACGCUUCUAUAUCGACUUCUCGGGUACAGCUCCUUCGCUGGUAUUGUUUUGAUGGUCCUGAUGUUGCCCGUGAACCUUACCAUCGCCAAACAGUUCACCAAGGUUCAAAACAGGAUCCUGGCAGGUACUGACGCUCGCAUUCAUUCCACCAAUGAAAUUCUCCAGAACAUCCGGAUCAUCAAAUAUUUUGCCUGGGAGCAGCGCUUUGAAGAGAUCGUUAGCGAGAAACGGAGGGCCGAGUUGAAGGCCUUGCGUUUCCGCUACAUCAUUUGGUCUACCGCUGCCACGGUCUGGUACGGGACACCUAUUCUUAUAACGUUCGCAUCAUUCUUCCUCUACACGGUGGUCGAGAAAAAGAAGCUCGUUCCGUCGAUCGCGUUCCCUGCUCUGUCCAUGUUCUCGUUGCUCCGCCUGCCUUUGGAUCAGUUGGCCGACAUGGUGGCGCAUGUGCAAGAGUCCAAGGUCUCGUUGGAUCGAGUGGAUACUUAUCUAAAUGAAGAAGAGACCGAAAAGUACCGCCAGCUGGAUAACAGCGAUGAGCCCGAGCAGCCUCCCAAGAUCGCCCUGGAUAAUGCCACUCUUAGCUGGGGAGGCUCGGCCCAGCAGUACCGGGAUGAUCCUUCCGCGGACGCCGACACUUUCCGCUUGAUCAACAUGAAUGUAUCAUUCCCUAUUGGCAAGCUCAAUGUCAUUACUGGACCUACAGGCUCCGGGAAAACAUCUCUCCUAAUGGCGCUUCUUGGCGAAAUGAAACUUCUGAAAGGAAAAGUCUACCUGCCCAGCGGCACAGCCACGAGAGCGGAACUGCCAGUGGACCCUCAGACGGGUCUGAUAGACAGUAUCGCAUACUGUGCACAAGAGGCAUGGCUCGUCAAUGCCACCGUUAAAGAAAAUAUUGUUUUUGCAUCCCCUUAUGACCAGCGCCGCUACGACGCUGUUCUAAAGGCGUGCGCUUUGGAACGCGAUUUAGAUAUUCUGGAUGCGGGUGACCAGACCCUGGUGGGAGAAAAGGGAAUUAGUCUUUCUGGCGGGCAGAAGCAGCGCAUAUCCCUCGCUCGUGCCGUCUACAGCAGGGCGCGACAUCUUCUACUGGAUGACUGCCUCAGUGCCGUGGACUCCCACACAGCAAAGCACAUCUUUCGCCAGGCUCUUACCGGGCCCUUGAUGAUCAGUCGCACAUGUAUCCUUGUCACUCACAAUACCGCUCUCACGGUCCCUCAGGCCGACCAUGUCGUCGUUCUCGAGAACGGGAAAAUUGCCGCCCAAGGCCGUCCCGAUGAUGUGGCAGCCUCAGGUGCUCUAGGCGAGGAGCUUCUGAAAUCGCGGCCCACGUCUAGAGGCAGUUCCCCGCUUGCCUCUCGUGCACCCUCUGAAAUCGACGAGACUGAACGCGAGACGUCACACGCGAACGGGGAUGAGGCAAAUGGAUCGGCUGGGAAGGAUAAAAAGGAUAAAAAGGACGGCCCCAACGGGCUGACAGAAUCGAAAGCUACGGGCAGCAUCAAAUGGUCAACCGUCGCUAUGUAUCUUCGCUCGAUGGGCUCAUGGACUUAUUGGGUGUCUGCCAUAUUUAUCUUUUCCUUGCAACAAAUCGGGUCGGUAUCGACAAAUAUUUGGAUCAAGCAGUGGGCAAAUUCAUACCAAACCAAGCAAGUGAGCUCAGAUGACACAGGCAACUAUGCGGCAUUGGCAGAUCUCAAGUAUCCGUCUUUCAACACGGGUAGCGUUCCACGGACGUCCACGACUUCUCUUCACCUCAAUAGCCAACAAUCAUCCGAUGGCUCGGGCGAUGUCAACGUUACGUACUAUCUUGGAAUCUACGCGCUCCUGGGAAUUCUGUACGUUGUGGUCUCGUUGGUAAGAGAGGGUGUCCUCUUCUGGGGCUCUCUCCAGGCCUCCAAGAUCAUCCACAGUCGCCUCUUGCGGGCGGUCAUGCAUGCCAAGUUCAAGUUUUUCGACUCUACUCCUCUCGGUCAAUUGAUGAACAGAUUCUCCAAAGACAUCGAGUCUGUCGACCAAGACGUUGCACCCGUGGCAAUUGGCAUGAUUCACUGCCUAGCAUCUGUCAUUAUGAUUGUGGUGUUGAUUUCAGUCAUUACACCCGGAUUCCUAAUCGCUGGCGUCUUCAUAACUAUGGUUUAUGUCGCCUUGGGAGCCGUGUACCUCAAUUCCUCUCGGGAUCUCAAGCGUUUAGAGUCCGUGCAGCGAAGUCCCUUGUAUCAACAGUUCGGCGAAACCCUGAACGGUAUCGUGACAAUCCGCGCGUAUGGGGAUGGACCGAGAUUCAUCGUCGACAACCAUCGUCGUAUCAAUGCCUACAACCGGCCUCAUAUCUAUCUCUGGGCGAGCAACCGUUGGCUUGCGCUCCGUGUCGAUGUUACAGGAGCUUUGGUUUCCUUCUUCACGGCCGUUUUCGUUCUCACGAACAUCGGCAAGAUCGAUGCGGGUGCUGCAGGUCUGUCCCUGACAUACGCGGUUACCUUCACCGAAAAUGUGCUCUGGCUGGUCCGGUUGUAUUCCGAGGUCCAGCAGAACAUGAACUCUGUUGAACGUGUGAAAGAGUACCUGGAUGUGGAGCAAGAGGCCCCCGCGGUGCUCCCCGACUCCCGACCGCCCGCCAACUGGCCUGCCGACGGCGCGGUUGAUUUCACCAACUACACCACACGUUACCGUGCCGAUUUGGAGCCGGUCCUCCGCAACGUUUCUUUUGCAGUGCAACCCGGUGAGAAAGUCGGCAUCGUUGGGCGAACAGGCGCCGGCAAGAGUUCCCUUGCGCUGGCCUUAUUCCGCGGCCUCGAGGCCGAAAAGGGCCGCAUCGUCAUCGACGGUGUGGACAUUAGCGCUAUUGGACUGAGGGACUUGCGCGAAGCGAUCACUAUCGUGCCGCAGGAUCCCACGUUGUUCACCGGGACCAUCCAGAGCAACCUCGACCCGUUCGGAACCUUCACGGACGAGGAGAUCUUCACCGCGCUCCGCAAAGUCCACCUAAUCGGACCCGGCACCUCUGGGUCCGCGACCCCUUUGGCAGCAGCCACGCCCAACGAAGACGGUCCCAGCGGCCCCGUAGUCGUGGUCGACAACAAGAACAUUUUCCUAAACAUAGAGACGACCGUUUCGGAGUCCGGGUCCAACUUAUCCCAGGGUCAGCGCCAGCUCCUCUGUCUCGCGCGGGCACUCCUCAAGAACCCCAAGGUCCUAAUGAUGGACGAGGCCACCGCCUCCAUCGACUACUCGACGGACGCCCGCAUCCAGGAAACCCUCCGCGAGCUCCGUGACAGCACGAUCAUCACCAUCGCCCACCGCCUGCAGACCAUCAUCGACUACGACAAGGUCCUGGUCCUCGACCACGGCCGCGUCAUCGAAUACGACCACCCCUGGGCCCUGAUCAAUAAAUCGGACGGCCUCUUCCGAAGCAUGUGCGCCAACAGCGGCAACAUGGAUGCUCUCGUGGAUGGAUCCAAGAAGGCCUGGGAAAAUAAACGUCUGGUGGACGACUCAUAGACAGACAGACAGACAAACAGUACAUACAGAAUUUUUCACA